CUGUGCGCUCCCGUCCGCUCCCCUGCCCGGCCCGCAGGUGGCGCAAGCCCGGCAGGAGCCCGGGUGCCGUCUCGGGCCCGGCCUGCCCCCGACCCACAGGCCGGGCCUCCGCCUCGCCGGGCUCCGCCCGCAGGCCGCCGCUCCCCCAGGCCCGGCCCGGCGCACCCGCCCGGGACCCCCGCCCCGCGCUGGCACGCUCAGGUGGCCCCGCAAGGCCUGGGCCACCUCCCGGGCCGCUGUGGAGUGCCGUCCGCCCCGGAGAGCGGGGAGGGGGAGCGCCCGCCCAGGGCCCCUGAGCUCGGCCUACCCGCCCGGGCCCGGCGCGCCCCGCGCAGACCCCUCCGCUGGCGUCCUCGCUUGCUCUCUGUGCCCGGCCGCCCCCGAGUCUGGCCCUGGCCUGCCCCCCGUUUCCUGCACGCAGUCCCGAGCGCCCCCUCCUCCGCUCCCUCCUCGGAGCCGGCGGACCACUCUGCGCUGCCCCCGUGUGACUUUCGUGGGCGCUCGCACCUGACCAUUUACCAGCCCUCAGCUGUCGGCGCCCGACCGGCGAUUCUGCACCGCGACCCCCGAGCCCCUCUGCCCUACCAGUCUCCGCUGUCUGUCCUCCCACCAUCCCAAGUCACCAUCUCACCAAUGAGGAGACCGGGUCCGGCCACCCAGCCCAGUCCAGUCGUGCAGGAAAAUGGAGACAACCUCAUCCCCUUUGCCAAGUGUUCCAGAGUGGUCCGCCGCUCGGCACCCCCUGGCUUGGCUUCCCAGAGCCUUGGACUGCCGCCCCAGCGAUCCGGAGGCCUUUUCUGGAAGAACCUUAGCCAAAGGCCCAGCCCCACCUGGACGGAAGAACAGUACACCCCACCCCUGCUGAGAGCCACUGGAUGCUCCCAGCCUGGCCUGUACACCCUGGAGGGGCUCCCACCACCAGAGGUGCUUUGCAGAAGAAAGAGAAGGAGACCACGUUUGGCAGGAAUGCAGCAGGGACCUGCGGGCAUCCCAGCCCGGGUGAAGGCAGUCACUUAUCACCUGGAGGAUCUAAGGAGGCGACAGAGACUCAUCAAUGAACAGAAGAAGGCCCAGUGGGGCAGCUCUGGGGCUGCAUCUGAGCCCCUGGCACUAGCCGAUGACCACCGUGGAGUCCCCAGUGCCACCGCAUACCGGGGUCCGGAAGAGGACAGGGCUGCCUAUCCACAGGAAGACGGCCACCCUCUCACGGCUGGCCGGCCCCAGCUGCUCUGGUCUCCCUGGAGCCCCCUGGGCCGCGGGGGGGGGUCUUGCCUCCCCAGGCGGCUGGGCUCCCUGGCCUCCUUCAGCGCUGUCACAGCCAGCAGGAAGCUCCUCUGCAAGCCCUGGGGGAUGGAGGUGCAGUCUGAGGAGUGAGGACGGACCCCAUGCCCCCGCUGCCGCCCGCUGCCCCCGCCCCGAGGGCCCCAGCCUGGUUGGCGGCCCUGGAGCCUCCCCCACUUGGGACAGCGAGGCGUGUCCCCCUCCUCAGCCUCUCCCAGCUGCCCCCACCCCCAGCACUGGGCGCUAACAGCCCCCUUGGCCUCCCUGGUCAACCCGCUCCUCGCGGGGCUCCCCGGGGCCGGCUGCCCACCGGCCCCCCCGCCCCGCCAGGCCCGAUCCCCGGCCUCCGUUCUGACAUUAAAAAGCAAGCAAGUCGAGCCCAGAGUGUCUUUCUGCCCGGGGAGCAGUGAUGGGGAGGCUCGUGGGGAGGGAGGGCGCCGUCCCCUCCUGC